AUUGCUUGUUGAAAUCAAGGAAGUCACUUGAACUCUUAUUAUUGCUUCAAUCAUGGAAUUCACGGUCGCUCGUGGUGGAGACCAUUGUUUUGUUGUCAAAGGAAAUCAUUUGCACUAAGAUUGUUGGGGAGAAAUUCUUUUGAUACAAUCAUUUGGAGUACUCUGCAGCCGCAGCCAUGCCUAGACAGCAAUUGCGAGUGCUUAUUGCUCUCGAUACGGUCAGGAUUCGAUGGUACCAUUUCACUGCAAUCGUGAUAUCUGGAAUGGGAUUCUUCACCGAUGCAUAUGAUCUUUUCAGCAUCUCCCUCAUCACCAAACUGCUUGGCCGUAUAUAUUACUAUGAGGAAGGGCACCUAAAGCCAGGCACACUACCUAUACAAGUCCUAGCUGCAGUAAAUGGCGUCGCGUUCUGCGGCACCCUAGCUGGACAACUGUUCUUCGGAUGGCUUGGUGACAAGAUGGGACGGAAAAGCGUCUACGGUAUAACUCUGAUACUCAUGGUUGUCUGCUCUAUAGCCUCAGGGCUGUCCUUUGGAAGCAACCCAAAGGGUGUUAUGGCAGCUCUUUGUUUCUUUAGAUUUUGGCUUGGUUUUGGUAUUGGAGGUGACUAUCCUCUUUCAGCUACCAUCAUGUCUGAAUAUGCAAACAAAAAGACUCGUGGGGCGUUCAUUUCUGCAGUGUUUGCGAUGCAAGGAUUUGGAAUUUUGGCCAGUGGGAUUGUGGCUCUUAUUGUGUCUGCUGCAUUUAAUUCUGCAUUUCCAGCCCCGGCUUUUGGUGAGAACGCCAACGUUUCAACCGUGCCUCAGGCAGAUUACGUCUGGCGCAUAAUUCUUAUGUUUGGUGCUUUCCCUGCUGCACUUACUUUUUACUGGAGAAUGAAGAUGCCAGAAACUGCUCGGUACACUGCCCUCAUUGCUAAGAAUGCCAAGCAGGCUGCCACAGACAUGGGAAAGGUUUUGAAUAUAGACAUUGAAGCAGAGGAGGAUAUGAUAGCCAAUGAUCGAGCAAAUUCGUUCGGCUUGUUCUCUAAGAAAUUUUUGCGACGACAUGGAUAUCACUUGCUUGGAACUACCAGCACUUGGUUCCUUUUAGACAUUGCUUUUUACAGUCAAAAUCUGUUCCAAAAGGAUAUUUUCACUGCAAUUAGUUGGCUUCCUCAACCAGAGAAGAUGAAUGCAAUUGACGAGGUCUAUAGGAUUGCAAGAGCGCAAACACUUGUAGCACUGCUUGGUACCAUUCCAGGGUACUGGUUCACAGUUGCUUUUAUUGAUACUGUGGGGAGGUUUCCUAUUCAAUUCAUGGGUUUCUUCUUCAUGACAGUCUUCAUGCUUGCUCUGGCCCUUCCUUAUUCUUACUGGAAGCAACAUAACCCAAUCGGAUUCGUUAUCCUGUAUGCUUUGACCUUUUUCUUUGCAAAUUUUGGACCCAAUACCACAACAUUUGUUGUCCCAGCAGAGAUCUUCCCUGCAAGGUUAAGGUCAACAUGCCAUGGGAUUUCAGCUGCAACUGGGAAGGCCGGUGCCAUAGUUGGUGCAUUUGGGUUCUUAUAUGCUUCGCAGGACCCCCAACAGCUUCUAAGAGAUAAUCCUAAGUACCCCAAAGGCCUAGGAAUGCAGCAUGCACUCAUUAUACUGGGUUGCAUCAAUGCCCUCGGAAUGCUGUUCACUUUCUUGUUGCCUGAACCAAAAGGAAAAUCACUUGAGGAGCUAUCAGGUGAGAAUGAGCCUGAAAAUGGUGAUAUGGAAACGCCUUGUGAUGCGGCUUCCGAAGCCAAUCUUCUAUAAUUUGAACAAGUUAGUUCAUCAAAGUUUGUUGUAAAUGCUAGGUAUGUGUGUCAUAAAUCUUGUGCACUUAAAUUGAACUUCACUUCCAGUGUUUUGGAAAGGGUGCAAAUAAUCCCUUUUUACAUUG